AAAAUUCAUUCACAAUAAGCUCGCGGCAUCGCACGGAGGUCGAAGUAAUCGGUGUGUAUUCUCGUUGAUUCAGAUUUGUAAACCUGGUGUAACAUACAGUCUACUACCACAACCCGGUGGACAUAGUAAAACUGGCAGAGACGUUGUGUCUAGCAAAACAGACAGACUGAUGCAAUCUAAGAAUAGUGCUCAUUUGAAAACUUCAAACAAAUAGUUUUAACAGUUUUUAAACCGUUUCAAAUUAAGUGUACCAAGUAGUAAUCAGUAUAACAAACAUGUCUCGAUUAGUGCAAGUGAGUAGUGCGGCUUUGAUCGUUUUAAUACUGCUUAGCAGCAGUCAGGUGGCGGAGCAAGCGGCGACAUUCCUACAGGAUCUAACUCGUUUGUCUCGAUCAAUUGAUUCACAAGAAGAAAAAUGCGCUGACAAUACGGCCUGCGGUUGGGCUAUCUACAAGCCAUUCACCCGGGCAAUCGAAAACUACAUGCGAAACACAUGCACUUGCCCGGACCAUAUGAAAUGCAUCCGUACUGAUGAUGACUUGUCGAUCAGUGCGUUCGUUUACCGGUGCCGGAAAAUGCAAAGCUAGAAUGCGCCUUCAGUAGUUCCACUUGAAUCCUCGUGGGUCACUCUUCCGUCUGUACAAUAGUUUAUGAAUUGACCAACUGUAAGCUUUACACUAUUUAAAAAUAACUUCUCACUCUCUAUUUAAUUUAUACUUUGUGGGAAUAAAGGUCCCCUCCUAUUCGCAUAAAUUUAUCAUACAGUCAUUAUUUAAAAUAAACUACCAGACUCUACGUGUGCGAAUAUUUGGAUAACUGAAACCACCUUCACAACUGUAUCCUACCAGAAACUCUAUGUAGGGGUCAACUGCAACUGAACAAAAAAAAACUAGCUAGUUAGUGCAAGUAAUAAAAAGACACACGGCAGUAAAAUUAGUAACUAGUUUAUAAGGAUUGUCAAACAGUUCCUUUGCAAGUGGAUUAGGGAUCAAUGUUAAUUAGCAAUUACAUUGUAACACGUUUACAAAACGUCUGUACAAGACACUAAAUUUUCUUUCAAAAAGAACCCAGUUAAUUUAUGCCAAUUACAUGUAAAACAGAUUGUUUGCAGAUCUGGACAUCUGAGCUAACAAUUAGAAAUCAACCCUUAACCAACAAAUCGAAUAAUAGAAAUGUAUCCCAUCGAUCUAACUUUUCUCACAUUUAAUUCUGGUUGGAUUACAGAACUGUGAAUCAUGCUUUGAUUAGUGUAAUUUAAUCAUCAUUAUUUCUGUACUCCGCAAUAUACUGUCUAGAAACAGUUUAUAAGGCGGCAUUACUAUUUAGUUGUAUGAAGUUCAUCUCAUUCUGAGAGAACUGAUAGGAAGAAGCCUUUUAGAGAAUCUUUUGAUACAACAAACUGCGAAUGGAGUCAUUCUAUUAAAAUUCGAUUAUCCUAAACUUCAAUAAUGCUCCACAGACCAAGCAGAUUUAAUCGGAAAAACUUUGGCGAAACUUAAAAUUUAGUGUCAAAAACCAAUCUAAGACAUUUAUCUACUAAUAAAGUUGUCUCUAGGCAAGGAAAUUGUUUACAUGGGCAAAAAUCAAAUCAAAACCUAGGUGCUAAACCACAUUCCGAUUUUGGAACCUGACUUUCCAAGGUUAAUACAACAUCAAAAGCCGGCCCACUGUUAGUAAACAAUAGAGUUGCGGGCUAACGGCUUUAGUUAUGUCACGCAUACGAACAGUUUCUUUCCUAGUCGAGAUUCGAAUAUAUGACGACUGGAUUGUUAUACCAGCAUCGUACCUCAAGACCAAUUAGAAGGUACAUAGCAAACAACGCCCUAUAUGAAACAUACAAUACGGAAUGUGAGCACAGCAAAAGCGGCAGGUGCAGUAAAGUUAGAAACGUACUUAAAAUUUGACUCUCUCUCUAUCUGUUUCUUACUUGAUCUUCCCCACCUUUUUUUUUUCACUACAAACCAAACCGCCAAUUAACAUUGAUACUAAUGAAAAAUCAAACGAAACUAUAUUUCCUGACACGACAGUCAAUACAGUAUUUACCAUAUCAGCCACCAGAUUCCACAGACAUUCAAUAGCUAUCAAAACAUGUCCAUAUUUGUGCCAAAUUACAACGAUAGCAUCCAUCAGCGAAUACUCAUAGCAUGUAAAUCAGUAUUUGAAAAAGUAAAAAUUUAACGAAAAUUACAACGCACAUCAUCGGAACAUUGUUUCUACAAUGAAGGAGAAUUUUUUAAUGCAAGUAAAUUAGACGUAGUUCGACACUUGUUACGACUGUAGUACCAAGUAUGUUGAUUUGUACCAAGUAUGUUGAUUGAUAAUGAUUAUUGACGAGGUAAAAUAAAUAUUAUAUUAAAUAAAUA